UACGUACACACCCCUCCCCCUCCCGGGCUCCCCUGCUCCUUCACCCCCAGCCCAACUCAGCUGAUCUGCCAGGCCGCGUGCCACCCCCAACAUUCCCCAUCCAUCACGAGCUGUGUCCUGUCCUGCCCAGCGGUGUCAAUACCUGGCUGCACCCCGCCAGCCACCAACCACCCCGCCACACCGUUCCCAUAUAGCCAGCCACCACCAGCAGCCUUUGCCUCUGCUGUAGGAAGAGAGCGUGUUGUUGCAGGGGAGGAAGAGGGGGAAGACGGCAAUGGCGACCUCGUUCCAGGGGACGACCACCAAGUGCACCGCCUGCGACAAGACGGUGUACCUCGUCGACAAGCUCACCGCCGACAACCGCGUCUACCACAAGGCCUGCUUCCGAUGCCACCACUGCAAGGGCACCCUCAAGCUUGCCAACUACAACUCCUUCGAGGGGGUGCUCUACUGCAGGCCUCACUUCGACCAGCUCUUCAAGAGGACCGGGAGUCUGGACAAGAGCUUCGAAGGGACUCCAAAGGUUGUCAAGCCAGAAAGAAAUGUUGAGAAUGAGAAUGCUAUUAAAGUCUCCAGCGUCUUUGCUGGCACCAGAGAGAAAUGUGUUGGAUGCAGCAAGACAGUCUAUCCAAUUGAGAGGGUUACUGUCAACAACACUAUGUAUCACAAGAGCUGCUUCAAGUGCUGCCAUGGAGGAUGCACCAUCAGCCCUUCCAACUAUAUCGCGCACGAGGGGAAGCUCUACUGCAAGCACCACCACAUUCAGCUGAUCAAGGAGAAGGGGAACUUCAGCCAGCUCGAGAAUGAUCAUGAGAAGACAUCACAGGCUGGGUCGCUGGAGGAUGAAGAAGCAGAGUAUUAAUCUUUGAGCAUUGUUCCACAGAUGAAUAAUGAAUCUUCUUGCAUUUGCUCAAGAGCACUAUAUCUUCCUGUGGCAUGGUUCCAUUUCAGUUUCACCAAUGGAGGUCAUGUGCAUUCAGAGAACAAUGAUACAUCAUCUUGUAUCUGCAUGCAAACCUUGUUAUAUUUGAGUCAAAAUAUAUCUACCUGGUUUCCCCUUUUUCA